GUGUACACCGGGUGCCGCUUGACCACAAGAUGGGCACAUAUAGCGAGUCACUUGCCAGGGAGGACAGACAAUGAGAUAAAGAACUAUUGGAAUUCUUGGAUUAAAAAGAAGCUAAAGAAACCUCAAUCAACAUCUCAUCAUCAUCAGACAACUACAACAAUAAUUGGUACUAAUAGCAAUGGAACCCAUCAACAAAUUCAGUUCCCCUUCAACAAUAAUCCUGCAAAUGACCAAAGGUUCUUCACUCAAGAUUUGGCGACGAAGCCCUUGCAAUUCCAAGAAACCCUAUUUUCCACCCCUAAUAUUAUUACUACCAUCGCCCCAUUUUCCACUUUCGACCCGCUGUUCCAAGCGGGUCAGGGAGACUGCAGCGCCAACCGGGUCGACCCGCUGUUCCAAGAUUCCAAUGAGUUCUGGCAGCAACAGAUUCAGAGUACGACGUCGUUUGGAUCGGGUAUGGGUUCGGGUUAUUUAUUGCCGCCAUUGAUGGAUGAUUUGGGGCCGUUGGAUGUGCCACCACCUUGUAGCCUGUUUGACGCGGCGCGUGACAAUCACGCGAGUGAAUGGGGCGUGGACACGACACAACAACAGCAACAACGUCAGCAACAACAACAAUGUCCAGGCAGCAAUUAUCUGUUGUGGGAUGAGGUUACAGAAGGGAAUCUUGGUGGGGAAGAAGAAGAACUUAUUGGGGUAGGGGUCCCAACCACAUCACCCAUGGCUGCCAUGCUAUCUUCUUUUCCUCCAUCUUUAUGAUGAUUUGAUUGACUAUUAACUUCUUUUCUUUUAUUUUUUUUCCUUUUAAUUCCGGGAAUUCAAUUAAUAUAAUGUUUAUUUGAGAGGAGUGAUUUGGAGUCAUGAGUGGUGUUUAUUUAAAUAUAUAUAUUUCUGGACAGAUUUUAAUUAACUUGUUAAGUGAAGAAAAGUGAAUAAGCCAAGAUAUCAGCAAAGGUUGAGAAUUGUAUGUAUUAUUAUAU